AUAUGAAUGUUGUGAUAAGCAUACAGUCUAGAGUUGCAUAUUUUGUAAACACUGUUUAGUCGAGUCUUUGACGCCAUUGCAAUAACAAGAAAUUGUUUGCUGUCGAACAUUCAAGAGAAAUUGUAAUAAUCAUGUCGAAUAAGUGGGAAUCAAAUCCGGAGAUUCAGAGAUUUCGCGAUUAUUUACGCAUUCCAACCGUUCAACCGAAUAUAAACUACGUCGAAUGUAUUGAGUUUCUGAAAAAGCAGGCAGAUGAACUUAACCUGCCCAUUGAGCUUCACUAUCCAUAUGAUGAGACAAAGCCGAUCGCUGUCAUAACAUGGGAAGGAGCCGAUCCAUCAUUACCAUCGAUCGUUUUGAAUUCACACAUGGAUGUAGUGCCUGUAUACGAAAAUCUAUGGACGCAUCAACCAUUUGCCGCUGAAAUGGAUGAAAAUGGCAACAUUUUUGCACGAGGCGCACAAGAUAUGAAGUCGGUUGGUAUGCAAUAUUUGGGUGCGAUCAAAAGAUUACAAGAUAAAGGUGUACGUUUGAAGCGUACAUUUCAUGUGAUUUAUGUACCAGACGAAGAAAUUGGUGGUGAUAAAGGAAUGAGACUUUUUGUUAAAACUGAAGCGUUUCGUCGAUUGAAUGUUGGUUUUGCAUUGGAUGAAGGAAUUGCAUCACCGGAUGAAGUGUUCCCAGUAUUUUAUGCCGAACGGAGUGUAUGGAGAGUUGAUUUUAUUUGCCACGGCACAACUGGCCACGGAUCAUUGUUACUUGAAAACACAGCUGGUGAAAAAAUGCGACAUAUUCUUGAUAACAUGAUGGACUUUCGAGCUGAACAAGUGGAAAUAUUAAAAAAUAAUCCCGAAUUUAGUAUUGGCGACGUUACGACAGUAAAUUUGACUAUUUUACAUGGAGGCGUUCAAAGUAAUGUCGUUCCAUCGUCGUUGACAGCUCUUUUUGAUUGCCGUUUAGCCGUUGACGUCGAUCAUGAUGCGUUUGAAGGAAAGCUUCGUACUUGGAGUGAACAAGCUGGUGGUGACAUUGAGGUCAAUUUCGUUCAAAAAAGACCGAAAAUUCAACCCACUUGCAUUGAUAAUAACAAUCCGUUUUGGAAGGCUUUUCGUGAAACACUUGUUGAUGAUUUGCACUUGAAAAUCAAACCACUCGUGUUCCCCGGACGCACUGACAGCUGUUAUAUUCGCGAGGUCGGAAUACCAGCACUUGGUUUCAGUCCAUUGUCAAAUACACCAGUAUUGCUACACGAUAACGAUGAAUACGUAUCUGCUGAUACAUAUCUAACUGGAAUUUCAAUUUAUACCAAAUUGAUCGAGAAAAUUGGCAAUAUUUGAUAGUUUUGAAUCGAUCGAAAAUCGAUCAUUCUUCAAUGCAUCACUUUUCGUCUAAACGUUUUCUUUAUUAUUAUUAUUGUUAUUGAAACAUCUAUUUUUAAUUAACCACAUGAUAUCGUAUUCUUGAGAAACAUUUUAUCUAUUUUAUGUCAAAUUGAUAAAGUUUUUUUUUCUUUGGGUCAAAAAGUUCCAUUAUGUAUUUGAAAAAGAUAUCAUUUUGACUAAAAACAUUCUGUUAUCUCUCUGAUGAAAAAUUUAAAAUUCCCUUCCGAAAAAAUCUUUGAUUCUUGUAUACGAAACAAAUUAUAUUCAUGCCAAGUUAAUGUAUUUUCAUUUCAAAUUUUGAUUCAAGUCUAGUGAAAAAUUAUUUUGUUUUUUUACAUAUUUUUUCCCAAAAUUCCAUUUUAUCUAGUAUGAAACAAAUUUCAAUCAAAAUUUUUGAGUAUAAAUAAAUUAAUUUGCAUGUGGGUUGAAUGCUAAAACAAACAUUGUUCUCAUCGUGGUCCUAAAAUCUGGGUUUUAUCUUGUAAAAUAAUUUCUUUAAUGGUUUUGAUGAUAAAUGACAUUCUAAACACAAUGUAAAUUUACUUAACCGCAAAGAUAACAAGUAGAAACACUAUCAUUUAAGAUAAUAAUUUUCUCAAAGAUUUUUUGGUAGAGCUUCGUUUAUUUGAGACAAUAUCUAGUGUUGAAGUAUCGGAGUACUGUCAAUAAAGUGUUGCUGGAGUGAAAAAAAAUAA